GAUUUAAAUUGCCUUACUGGGCUAUGACUUUUUCCCCUUAUCCAAUAUUACAUGCUUAUUUGAUUUAGAUUGAACUUAGCGGAAACACAUUAUAUAGUCAAAAUAUCAUGUAGGCCAUCAUGUAGAAGAGCAACAGGUGGUGAAGGCACUUCGCUCUGAUUUAAGGAUGGAAAUGAAAAUAAAAAAGCCUACUGAUACACACUAUUUUACCUGUAACCUAGUUAAUAAAAUGACAUGCUGAUCUAAUAGGGCCUAAUUUACAUACUCACAGGAUACAACAAUGCCUGGCCAGAUAAACGCAUUAAAUUCGGCGAUUUCGUUUCGAUUCCAGGCACUGUAUUUACAAACUUUUCAGGAAAAGAGGAAACAUUAACAACCCGACUGCUUCCAAAGGCUGUCUAAAAAGUCACGCGGAAAAGUCCUGUCUCCUGUCUUCUAAAUUGCUUUUGUUUUUGCUUUCCAUUGGUUGGAGUGACCGCAAGGAGCCCGCCUUUGGUUAGCUGCGCCUCUGGAUUGGCCACUGCGCUCGCCUGUCUCUGGGACCCCAGUAGAGGCGUGAGUGCGUACAGAGCCCGCUCUGAGGAGUAAUCAGUUUCGGACGCGUAGUUGAGCCAAGCAGGUCCGAUGCACAAGUUAAAGCGACGCACAGCGGAGAUGAAGGCGGACUCCGAUUGGCUCUGAUUUUUAAAAGUCCUUUUCAUUCAAGAGGUUGCCCAUUAUCAACAUGGCAGAGCCCUCGGUCUCAGUACCCACUGCAAAAAUGGCGUCACUUAGCCGGGUUCGAGCCCUGACUUUAAUUUUUUUAACUGUCAGCGGAUACCUAAUUGCCCCGACAAGUGGAAAGGAGGGGAGCGAAGAGACGGUCAUCAUUGGACUGCGGCUGGAGGACACGGACGACAUUUCUUUCAUGGAUAAGGGCUUUCUGCGGGUCAGUGAGAGAUCUCGGGUAAAACUGAGGAUCUACGGCCAAAACAUAAACAACGAGACGUGGUCCAAAAUUGCCUUCACGGAACACGAGCGGUCCAGAGUCAUCGGGAACAUCGACAGCUCCACUGGGGACAACAAGAGCCAAGAGGAGACGUCAGGAUUGCAUCCCUGUGGGAUCAGGACUUCGGAUAUAAUUAUUCUGCCCAACAUAAUCUUGAAUCGUAAGACUACGGGGAUUGUUGAAAUUGAGGUCAAACCCUUGCGAAAGACGGAGAGGAGUAAAGCGUACUACCUGUGCAUUGCCACUUCAGCACCUGCUGUUGCCGGAGCGCACGAUCCGUGGACGGAAAACACUUGGAUCUAUCACGAUGGGGACGACACAAAAGUGAUAGUGGUAGAGGAGAGAAAGUUCUUGCUUCCUUUUUGGCUGCAGGUGAUAUUCAUUUCGAUGCUGCUUUGCCUCUCUGGGAUGUUCAGCGGUUUGAAUCUCGGACUCAUGGCGCUGGACCCCAUGGAGCUUCAGAUUGUUCAGAACUGCGGCACGGAACGAGAGAAGAACUUCGCCAGAAAAAUUGAACCGGUUAGAAGCCAGGGGAAUUACUUGCUCUGCUCUCUUCUUUUGGGAAAUGUCUUGGUGAAUACCACCUUGACGAUUUUGUUGGAUGAUAUUGCGGGAAAUGGAUUGAUAGCUGUCGUGAUGUCCACAAUUGGCAUUGUCAUAUUCGGCGAGAUUGUGCCUCAAGCAAUAUGCUCCAGACACGGUCUCGCUGUUGGUGCUAACACAAUAUUGCUAACCAAAUUUUUCAUGCUUCUGACAUUCCCGGCAUCGUAUCCAGUGAGCAAAUUGUUAGAUUACCUGCUGGGACAGGAGAUAGGCACUGUAUACAACCGAGAGAAACUCCUCGAGAUGCUGAGAGUGACGGAUCCGUACAACGACCUGGUGAAAGAGGAGUUGAACAUCAUCCAGGGCGCGCUGGAGCUGAGGACUAAGACCGUGGAGGAUGUGAUGACGCCGCUGCGGGAUUGCUUCAUGAUCCCCGGCGAUGCCAUCCUCGACUUCAACACUAUGUCCGAAGUCAUGGAGAGCGGCUACACGCGUAUCCCAGUCUUUGAGGGGGAGAGGUCCAAUAUCGUGGACCUGCUCUUCGUGAAGGAUCUGGCGUUCGUGGACCCUGACGACUGCACGCCGCUGAAAACCAUCACGAAGUUUUACAGUCACCAAUUGCAUUUUGUCUUUAACGACACAAAGUUGGACGCUAUGCUGGAGGAGUUCAAAAAAGGUAAAUCCCACCUGGCCAUCGUCCAGCGGGUGAAUAACGAAGGGGAGGGGGACCCGUUCUACGAAGUGCUUGGCAUUGUCACGCUGGAGGAUGUCAUCGAAGAAAUCAUCAAGUCCGAGAUAUUGGAUGAAACAGAUUUGUACACUGACAACAAAACAAAAAAGAAAAUUACCCAUCGGGAAAGGAAGCAAGAUUUCUCGGCCUUCAAGCACACCGACAAUGAAAUGAAGGUUAAAAUAUCACCUCAGCUUCUACUGGCUACUCUGCGUUUCCUAGCAACAGAGGUGGAACCCUUCAGCCCAGCACAGAUGUCGGAGAAGAUCCUGCUCCGGCUCCUGAAGCACCCGAACGUCAUCCAGGAGCUGAAGUACAAUGAGAAGAACAAGCGGGCCCCCGAACACCAGCUCUUCCACCGCAACAAGCCCGUCGACUACUUUAUCCUCAUCCUGCAGGGGAAAGUCGAAGUGGAGGCCGGCAAGGAGGGGAUGAAGUUCGAGGCCGGCGCGUUUUCCUCCUAUGGAAUGAUGGCUCUCUCAGCCACUCCAGUUCCCCUCUCACUGUCUCGCUCCUUAAUGGUCAGUAGAGCAGAGUCCCUAGCUGGAUCUCCAGAGAAUAAGUCACCUCCACGGCCGUUUGCCUUAAACCAUUCUGACUCCCUGAAUCGCAACGAGCGGAUCGACUCCAUCACACCCACGCUGGGCAGUGGCAACAACCAGCUCAACUCCUUCCUGCAGAUCUAUGUGCCCGACUACUCUGUGCAAGCUGUCACAGACCUACAGUACAUCAAGGUGACUCGACAGCAGUACCAGAACGCUCUGAUGGCCUCGCAUAUGGACAAGAUGCCCCAGUCAUCAGGCACCGAGGGCGAAUACACACGCAUCGAACUGACUCUGAACGAACUGCAGGAUGGCCCACUGGUGGCCGACCAGACCGCCUCGCUGCUGCUGCACCAGCAGCCGCCAGCUACACAGACGCAGACACAGGCGUUGGCUCAGACACUAACGCAGACGCCGGCGCCACAGCAGAACUGCGUGAGCCACAGCAAGCCCAACCACACGGCCCACAGCGAAGGGCCCAUAUAACCUCUCCAGGGGUGGAGGGGGGGGGGGGGCAGAGAGACGAGAGGGGGAGGUGUGGGGGGGUUGGCUAGAGUUUAGAUGAAGCCCCCCCCCCCCCCCGGCUUCUGCCCACUCAUGCCCAGAAAUGCCCCUCCACCCCAUCUCAGCAUAGUGGUGGGUUGAAGCUGUGCCUAGAAACCCCACACCCACCCCAUCUGUACCCAUGCAAGACUAUUCACAACAGUCGUACCCUGCUUUUUUGGACAGAGCACCACUUGCCUGUCCGUGUCCAUAGACACUCCCCGUCCUGCACAACCACGGGCUGCUCUGAGAACCUAGCAUUCCCCCUCUUCUUCAUAGCCACCCAUUGGCCACAACUGUUCUUUGUUACAGUUUGUUUGUAUGAAGUUGUAUGAAGUUGACAGUGAACUGUCAAAGAGAAGUGGGAGGAAAGGGGCAAUUUGUUUCCAAUUCAGCCACGCCAUGCACUCGCUGCAUGUAUUCAUUCGCUACGUCUCCUCACGCAAAGCAGACCAAAGAGCUUGGAGUUUGGUCGUAGACACCAACCUGACAUCCGCACCCACCCAACACCCCUCCCCAAAAAAACAAACCACACAGAACUGUCCUCUCUCUGUUUUCCUAUACCCCCCCCCCCCGAUCCUAGUCCCUAUAACCCACUAGGACUGUUUCCUAUUUCCUUUCUUCGUCUUCAGGGAGGCAUAGUGGAUUUUUUGGGGGAAACAAAAAAAGGACACAUCGCCACAGUGCAAAUAAAUAUAUAUGAAUAAAGAAAAUGGUGAGUCAAAGACAGUACCAAAUACCGCUUUGAAGGAAACCAUAAACCGUGAACCACGAACAUUUUUUGUGUAUUUAUUUAUUUUAUAUAAUGUGCGUGUGUGUAUAUAUACAUAUAGAAAUAUAUAAUUAUAUGUAACUGUGUGGAAGCAAACAAGUUGGUGUAACGAUGUUGCGCACACACACCUCUGUGCUCUGGCAAGUAUGUGUGUGUGUGUGUGUUUUUAAGUCACGUCUCACAAGACUAUAGUUUUAAAUACAUUCAUGUGUAUGUAUUGGUGAGGGUAUUUGAAGAGAAAAUGUAUAUUGAAGAUAUUAUUUUUACUAUUAUGCUAAAUCAGGAUUAAGGUACAAUAUCUUUUUUCACCUUUUUUUAAAAAAAGAAUCACAUUUUUGCCUUUUAAAAUCAUUAAUUUUUAACAAGUGCAAUGAACCACAUUUUAUUUUACAAAAAGAUGAUUAUUGAUUUAAAAUCACUGUAUAGUAAAUUAUAGAAUUAUUGUAAGCAUUUAUGCACCAUAUGUUUGUACAUUUGUUCCAAUAGACACAAUUGCAUAGAACUUCCACCAGGUAGACUGUCCUGAUGUUGAUGUGUGUGCACUGCAGUUCAAACAUUCUGCUAGGAGCUUUCAUCCUCAUUUUGGUCCGACGUCAGACCAAUAAUACUUUCUCUCUCCACAUUCCAUUAAAACCUAAGCAAUAUUGGAAAUGCCUGAUUGAAGUUCUGGCCUUCCCCUUGAGUGUUGUACAGUAGUUAACAGAUAGGGUGCUAACUUAUCAUGACCAUCGAUUGGAAAUGAAUUACAUGGAUGAUAUACUGAUAGUUCCUUAACAAGACUUAACACUACUGCUGACUUUUGUACUAAAGGAGAUUUAGUUUUUAACAAACCCUUACCUGGGACCACAUUUGUCUUAACUGACUGGAUGAUUGUUGAAAAUCAUAACAGCAAAACAUGACCAUGCAGCGACCAUACCUGUCUUACCACUGAUCAUUAAUGCUAUUUUCACUGUUGGCCUUAAUGUUUUAACGGCUUGAAUGUGUGUGCGUUUAAUGUUGUCCACUACAAAUGUCCAAUUGAUAGUCAGUAUCCUGUUACUGAUUAAUUUGUUACUACUGACGAUGAUGCGUAUGUUACUACUUAUGAAAGCACCCCGUUUCAGUUUCAGUUAUUCAGGAACAUCCUCUCUGUUCACCAAUGAUUUGAGUAAAUCAGUUCAGACCAAAGAUUCUAGAACAGAGCUCAGCUCUAGAAUCUUUGGUUCAGACCAAGCUUGGAUCUAUAUGCAUGUGAUACUUCAACAGUUUAUACUUAGUCUCUCCCUCUUGGCUUGGGGAGAUUCAGUGGACUUCAGUCUGUCUGUUGGACAAACUCAGUAUUACAUAUUAUUUGUAAUAAUUAAAAGAUUAUAUUUACUACUAAGGCAACACAUACUGUACUGUAUGGUGACAUUCCAGUUUGUGCAAAUGAUAGAUUCAAAGCGAUUAGAUGUGCAUUUCCUAAUUAUUCCACUGUUUUAUUGUAUUUUCACUGUUGUAUUUGCCUUUGCUCCUCAUACGUGUUCCUCAAUGGUGGGGAUUUUUGUAUACACCUUUAGAAUAAUGGGUAUGGAAAAUCUUGUACUAAAUUAAGAUGCUUGUAUUUUUCAUAGGCAUCCAAACUUUAUUUUUUAUAAGGUCCAGUGCUGAAGAAACAUGUGUACGUGCUCUUGUUCUGAACGCAUUUAGGUGAACUCAAAGCACCAUUUUUUUCUAUGCCACUGUGUCUCCAAUGAGACUUGCCCCACUUGUUUCAGUGUUCACCCACUUUGUCUUGCCAGCCAGGAGAAGAGGCAAUGAUACAUGUGGUGCCACUGCAGCACAAUAUUGCUCAUUUCAGAUUAUCGCAAUAGAAUUCUAUUCUGGGAGAAGGGGGGGGGGGGGAGUGAGUGAGAGAGAGAAAGAGAGGGCACGAGAGAGAGUGUUAUACAGCAAAUCCCCACAAUAUCUGGCCACUAGUAGGUGUGAUAUCCUUUUACAUCGCUUCUCAAGAGCUUAACUAGUCUGAACCUUUUGAACUGUUGAAUGUGUCUAUAUUUCUCUGUGUGUUUCCUGAUCUUGCCCAUUUUUAGUGAUUCAAUUUAACUUAUUGAAUUUAACACCUGUAGUUACAACAGACGUUCCUAUGCAUCAAGUAGUCUGCUCUGCAAGGACAAUCUAAGAAAGAAAGAAAGAAAAAAAGAAAGACAAGUACACAGGACACUCUGUGCAGCUGAUGUUAAUGGAUUGUCUUCUUGUUUGUAUCACUAUACUCUAUUCAACUUGUCAAAGCAGUGACCGUACAGGUGUUCUCCAACGGCUUCAGCCAUAGUGGAGUCAGGCCAAUUAUGCAUACAACAGACCGACGUGCUGCCACAAAAAAAGUAAAGGGUUUAAUGGAGGUGUUUUUUAGUAAAAGAAAAACAAUUCAAAGAGGGUGAAAUGAGAACCCUCAUUGUAUUUGUUUGAUGUGAUUUCCUGUAUUCUGGUGCAUUUUGGGGAUGGCCAAUACUAAAUUCAA